UGUACCAGAGUCCGUGCGCACCCGGGUGUGGCUCACACACGCGCACCGUCACACUCACGCGCCAAACGGAUAAUUUAUCCUAGUGGGUUUCUCUAGUCCGGUCUUCUUCUCUUCCUCUCUUUCUAUCCGCCUGAUCUUUCUGUCCGCUCAAAGAGCUUCGCCUGAAGGCUGCUAUUAGCGAUCUUCAUUUUCCACUGAAUAUAAACCACCAAGACUGACAAAAUGGCCAGCAGAGGAACUGUGCGUGCCAGUUUAAACUUCAAUGCCACUACGGACGCUGAGGUCCUGUACAAGGCCAUGAAGGGGCUCGGGACCAAUGAGGAGGCCAUCUUGCAGCUGUUGGUGGCCCGCAGCAACACCCAGAGGCAGGACAUCAAGCACGCCUACAAAACUCUGUUUGGAAAGGAUCUGGUGGAUAACCUUAAGGGAGAACUGGGGGGGAAGUUCGAGACCUUGAUCGUGGCUAUGAUGACCGCGCCCCUCGCUUAUGACGUGUCAUUGCUCCGCAACGCCAUCAAGGGGGCAGGAACAGACGAGAAGGUCCUGGUGGAGAUCCUCGCCUCCAGAACGCCUGAGCAGGUGAAGGAGAUCGUCGCUGCUUAUAGAAAAGAGUAUGAUGACGACCUGGAGGAGGAUAUAUCUGGUGACACAUCGGGUCACUUCAAGAGACUUCUGGUUAUUCUACUGCAGGCAAACAGGCAGACUGGAGUCCAGGCCGACAUCAUUGAGAGUGACGCUCAGACCCUCUUCAAGGCUGGAGAGCAGAAAUUCGGCACUGAUGAACAAACGUUUGUCACCAUCCUGGGAAACCGGAGUGCUGAACAUCUUAGGAAAGUAUUUGAUGCCUACAUGAAGCUGUCAGGAUUCGAGAUGGAGGAGACCAUUAAGAGGGAAACAUCUGGAGGCCUGCAAGAUCUUCUUCUGGCCGUCGUGAAGUGUGCCAGGAGCGUCCCAGCCUACUUUGCUGAGACUCUGUACUAUGCGAUGAAGGGUGCAGGAACUGAUGAUAACACUCUGAUCAGAGCGAUGGUGACCCGCAGUGAGGUCGACCUGCUGGACGUCAGAACUGAAUUCAGGAAGCUGUUCGCCUGCUCUCUGUUCUCCAUGAUCAAGGGAGAUACCGGCGGCGACUUCAGAAAGGCUUUACUGUUGCUCUGCGGAGGAGAUGAUGCAUAAGCUAGCAACCAGCAGUAAAAUAGAAACUACACCUGAAGUUUCUCGUCUUUAUCAUGUCGGCCUUUUUUGGUCAUGGGAUCACAACAAGUUAAUACAUAAAAAUGAAUCAAAACAAAACAUUGUUGUUUUUGUAUAAGAGACGGCCCAAUCGCGUCUGUUUAAACUUUGACUCCAGCUAAUGUCUUUGAAAGGUAGCUUACAUUUUGUUCUAAGCCCACAUUAAUAAUGCAGCUUUAAGUGGACUAACAUCUUCAGUAUGACUUUAUAUCAUUUGUUUGUAAUUCAAAUGUUUCAGACCGCAGUUUGCACUUUGAAUGGCAGAGGCACUAUAUGCAAUAAUAAACAUUUCAACUGGUGAAGUACAA